UUCUGAAAGGCCACACUCUUUCCAAACUCAGCGCUUGAACACGUAGAAGUAAAACCCUCCCUCCUCUUCGUCGGAAAAAAGUAAAACACCAAAAAUGUCUUCAUCACCACCGCCGGAAGUGGUGGUGAAGAAUCGAUUUUUAGGUUUUCUGAUAUGGCAAUCCAUUACCUCUUCCGUCAUCUUCAUCGUCUUCAAAACCUUGCUUAUCUCACCUCUCACUUACACUGGUUUAGCACCACCAUCGUUCCUCUCCCUUCUCGCUUUCCUAAUUUUUCACCUUUCGCAACUCUUCUUCUCUGCAUCACUCGCUCUACUCUCAUCUCCUCUGUCCUACUCCCCCGCGUCGCCAUUGCAGCUAGCUGUCUCCAUCAUCCGUUUCCUUUUCGUGUCCGGCGACUCUUUUUCUUCCCGUGAUUUCCGCCGCCGGGCUAAACUUUCUCUUGGUUUCUUUUUCUUUCUGGCGGCGGCUGGCAUCUCGGGAUUUCUCUCGGUGAUAUGCAUUUGCGAAUGGCCCAUCGAGAGUUCUGAUGGAAUGCAGAUGAUCGGAAGAGUUGGAUUUAGGGGUUUUACUUUUGGAUUGCUCUAUGCCUGCUUUUAUAUUUAUCAGCAGCGAUGGGUUUUGGAGUUUCCCAUUAUUCAGCGGCCCCCUUUCUACAGCUUCAAAAUGAGUCUUCCUUUUGCCAUUAAACAAACUUUAAAGUUUUCAAGCUCAGCUUACAUAUUUUCGGCAGUUGUACUUGUGUUUCUUCCAAAUCAGUUUAAGACUUUUGUAACAAUGAAGAAGUUUAUCGCUGAGCAGAUCAUCCUGUACCCUGGGAGCUUUUCUGUGGUCCUCUGUUGGGAAUUAACUCACCAUUUACAUCAGGUCCUACAUGCAAAAAGGUUCAUAUUUGCACCGCCAAAAGGAUCAGCAGCUACAGAAACAAAUCCCAGUGAACCUCUCCUUGCAGCUUUGGAGGAGAGCAGUCCAGGUUCUCUUCCACAAUUUCUUGCAUAUCUUGAUCUCUGCAUGGCUUGUGAAAAUAAUGUUGAUGCUUGGCGCCGAGCUGCAUUUUUUGAAGAAACUGGUGAGACUUAUAAGAGAGUCAUAGCUGUAUGUUUGAGGCCUCUUGAGCAGCUUGCUUCUACUUUAGGUGAAGGCUUUGAAACUUCUGUUGAGAAGGCUUACCAACAGUCCAAUAAGCAACAGGAUUCAAAGUAUUACGAACUGUUCAACAGCUUCCAGCAAUUUGCAUGGUGUGCCUGGACAGUUGCAUUCUUAACUGCACGCUCACGCAAGGAAGAUAGAUUUGGGGUUGCUCAACUGUCUGGUAGUAAUGCUGCUGUUAUUUCAACACUUUUAUCUUGCUUGCUCGCGGUUGAAGCAUUCAUGGGGAGGAAGACAAAUGUGCAGACCCCUCAUCAGUUGAUGGGGCCAGGAGGCAUUAAAUGGGCUACUCUAAACACGGGAAGGCGAGAUGUUGCAGUAGCUAAAAAGAGAAGUUGUCCGAUACAUUCAAAGGCAUAUGCCAUGGCUGAUGUGCUGAAGACCUCAAUUUACUAUAUUACAUCAGCUUUCCACGAUGGAAUGAUCACUAGUGACAAAGCGGGCCUUCUUGAAAAGGAUUGGCUUAUCAGUGGUAAGCCGCUUUUUGGAACCCGUGAGCUUCUCCUGCAGAAAUUGAAUCUUUUCCUGGAUUUUAGAGCUAGCUAGCUACUUGGGCUCAGAGCUGCCAUCCUGUCUUCCCAUUGCUUCAUUCAUGAAGAAAGCAUCAAUAUCAAGAUGAGCAAAUUGUCAACCUGGAGAUAAUUGCAUGAUUGAAAGGUAACUUCGAUUCUCUCGCUUCGGUGGUUAAAUGAAAGUUUAUUGUAUUUGUUGCGACUUGCGUGAUUGGUAGACUAUGGGGGCAAUGGGAUAUUCUGCAAAUGUUUAGAUGGUUCAAAAGGUGGGAGUAUAACGGCGACUGGUGUAUUGAGAUAAAAGUGGUGUUAAAAAAUCUUGGUGCAUCAAUUUAUCCAGUUUAAUGAGGCGGGUAAAGGUAAAUUGUCGAAAUGACUGGAACUUUGAUAAAACUAUUAGUUUGGAUUGUUUUGAAUGCAAUCUGGAUGUUCAAAAG